AUGUCCGCUAUCCAGAAUCUCCACUCUUUCGACGCCUUUGCUGAUGCCAGUACUGGUGAUGAUCUUUUUCCUGCUGUCGCUGAGGAUUAUAGCCAUCUAAGAAUUCAACAGAGAAACGGCAGGAAGACCCUUACUACUGUCCAAGGGAUGGCUGAUGAUUACGAUAAAAAGAAACUAGUGAAGGCGUUUCAGAAGAAAUUUGCCUGCAAUGGAACUGUAAUUGAGCGUCCAGAAUAUGGAGAAGUAAUUCAGCUACAGGGUGACCAGCGCAAGAACAUAUGCCAGUUCCUCGUAGAGACUGGACUGGCUAAGGAUGAUCAGCUGAAGGUUCAUGGGUUUUAAGUGCUCCUGGCUCACUGAAGCUUAAGUGAGGAUUUCCUUGCAAUGAGUAGAAUUUUCCUUCUGUCCCUUGUCACAAGUUUAAAAACCUCACAGCUUGUGUAAUGUAACCAUUUGGGGUCUGUGGGGUACUUGGACUAGUGUAACUCCUUCAUGCAAUAAACUGAAAAGAGCCAUGCUGUCUAGUCUUGAAGUCCCUCAUUUAAACAGAGAUCAAGCAGUAGGCACCUGGCAGUGUCCGGCCUGAAACAAAGCAGUAACAGUGAUGUUUCAGCCAAGUCCAGAGCCCCAAGAUCACAGACGGCUAUGUCUGGCCAGAAGCUCCUCAGCAAUCCCUCUACAGAGUUCCCUGCCCUAA